AUGCCUCACGUCGACAUGUUGUUCAACCAGUUGCAAAAGAGAAAAACCGAGCCAGCGCAAGUUAAAACGGCUAUCGAUAAUUUUGAAAAAUGUAUUGUCGAUGUGAGAAAUAAAAUUGAUGACAUAAUAAAUGAAGCCAAAAGUAUUUGCACUGAACCCCAAGGCAACAAAAGGAGACGACGUAAUAAUAGCAGUCACGAUCACCGAGUUGCCGCAUUAGAAGUAUGCGACAAUAUAGUGAAUUCUACAAAUGACAGAUUUCAAAUCAAAGAUCAUUUGGUAGCCGCAUCCCUUUUUUCCCCGAACACUUUGGAGAAUACUGUGGGUAGGGCAUGGUAA